AUAGUAAAACUAUGUAACCCUCACUGGACUAUAAAAUCUCUUUCAUUUCCAUAACUUUCUUUCUUUGCUGCAUUAGGGUUUUGUGUGUGCCGUAAAUCGAUUUCCUGUUGCACUUGAAACUUUCUCAAACCCUAACAAUGGCGGAACAGACCGAGAAGGCAUUUUUGAAACAGCCGAAAGUUUUCCUUUCGUCGAAGAAAUCAGGGAAAGGAAAGAGGCCUGGAAAAGGAGGAAAUAGAUUCUGGAAGAGCAUUGGUUUGGGAUUCAAGACUCCUCGUGAUGCAAUCGAAGGAACAUACAUUGACAAGAAAUGCCCAUUCACCGGCAAUGUUUCUAUUAGAGGGCGUAUCCUUGCUGGUACCUGCCAUAGUGCUAAGAUGCAAAGAACCAUCAUUGUUCGGCGCAACUACCUUCACUACAUCAAGAAGUACCAAAGGUACGAGAAGAGGCACUCCAACAUUUCCGCUCACAUUUCACCUUGUUUCCGUGUGAAGGAAGGCGACCAUGUCAUCAUUGGACAGUGCAGGCCCCUAUCAAAGACAGUGAGAUUCAAUGUAUUGAAGGUUAUCCCAGCUGGAUCAGCCGCUGGUGGCAAGAAGGCAUUCACUGGCAUGUAAACCAGAUUUUGGCUCUCUUUUUGGCAAAUUACGAUAGCAGUCGGAGGAACUUUAUUCAUGUAUUUUCAUAUAUGCUUGUACGAGUGCUUCUAUGUCUGGUCUUGAUAUUUUUCUUUUUGUCAAAUCAGUUCCUUAAUUUUGAUAUUGCUGUCUAAUCCGAUAUCGAAAAUUCUCUA